AUGAUUAAAAAAUACCUGAAAGGAAUAUAUGCAAUAGGUGAUUCGGAUGGAACAUUGUCUGAGAAUGGUGGUGGAAGAUUAAUACUUCCAGUAGAUGAAUCAUUACGUGAAAAUGGUGGUAGAAGGGCGGUGCUUCUAGCAGAUGCAACCUUGCGUAAAAAUGGUGGUAGAAGGCUACGAGUCUUUCACUAUGAGGACGAUGGAAGAGGGAGAAUAAAGCGGGAAAUUAUACAAAGAAUAGGAAGAUCCUGGAGGAACGCAAGAAAUCAUUUGUUCCAUAAGGUUUAUGACAAAGAACUGACUUUUGAGGAAAACCUCAAGUGUAAGUUAGCAGGAAUAGAGGAGAAGUGUAGAAAAAAUGCUAUUAAUCGUUCAAAGCAACUGUACACACAUACCAGAGGUUCUAAAACAAUGGCAAGAAAGAGACACGAAGAAGGAAGGCCUAUUAGUAGAGGAGAGGAAGCAAUUGAACAUAUUGAGAGCCAAGACCCCUCCAGCAAGGAAUUUUCACAGAAUGAUUCCCUUGCACAAGUGCUUGAAAAGGAGCAUCCAGGAAGAGUUCGUGGACUCGGUUUUGGUCCAUGUCCUAGUCAGUGUUUUCGUAACAUUCCACAGCAGUCUGACUACUGUGUACAGAUUGAGGAGUAUCAGAUGGAGAUUGUAAAACUUAAGGCGGAGGUAGCAGUAGCAGAGGAAAAGGCAAAGAGACAGAGAAUGGAGGCAAAGGCAGCAGAAGAGAAGGCAAAAAUGCAGACAAUAAGAAAUUUGUUAAGAUACAUAAUCCAGCAACAAGGAGGUAAUUUGCCACCUGAAAUAGCUGCAGAUUUGGAUUCUUUGAGAAGUGCACCAACCUCAUCCCAUGCAAGAUGA